GGAUAUGAUAUAUCUAUAUAUCUAGCAAACUUACUAAUAAGCUAGCUUGAGCUUGAUGGCUACCUGGGAGAUACCAGUUGUUGAUCUUUCUCCAUUUUUGAGGCCUGGGGAUGAAGAUGGGAAGAGAGAGGUGAUAGAAGAGAUUGAGAAAGCUUGUUGUGAGUGUGGGUGUUUCCAGAUCCUCAACCAUGGGGUACCCCUUGAGGUGAUGAGAAGAGCACUCAAAGUUUCUAAAAACUUUUUUGAGUCCCCAGUUGAAGAGAAGCUCAAAUGCAGUCCCCUUCAAGCUGCUGUGCCUUUCCCUGUGGGAUAUAACAGGAAGCCCAAUCCCUUGUAUGAAUUUGCAGAGUAUUUUGUGAUGCUUCGCCCUGGAUCAACCUACAAUGUCACCCUUCCCAAUCAUCAAGAUUUCAGAGAAGUGACAGAAGAACUAUUCAAUGAGUUUGUGAAGGUUGGAAUAUUGCUGCAAACAAUCCUGGGCAAAUGCCUUGGUCUCCCCCCAAACACACUAGAACAAAUUAAUAACAGUAGAGAUUCUGAUGUUAUGUCAGUCUUAUAUUAUCUAGCUGCAACUGAGAAUGAAAAGAUUGGAUUAACAGCACACAAAGAUGUAGGGUGCAUUACAAUUCUGUUUCAAGAUGAAGUGGGAGGGCUCGAGGUUGAAAACAAUGGAGUAUGGACUCCUGUCCCCCCUCUCAAAGAUGCACUAGUUGUCAACCUUGGCAUUGUUCUUCAGAUUCUUACAAACGAGAAGUUUAAGAGCCCAAGUCACCGCGUAAUGAGACCAAAUGGGAGGUCAAGAAACUCAUUUUCUUUCUUCUUCAAUGUGUCCGGGGCAACAGUGCUUGAACCAUUGCCGGAAUUCACCAAAGAGAUAGGAGAAAAGGCCAGGUACAAACGUUUUGUGUACAAAGAAUUCAUACAAAAGCGAAAUGAACAUAGGGCUAAACGUACUUUGGAUCAGCAACAAGGUGGUGAUGAUAGUGGUUUGUCCUACUUUUCACUCAAUUCUGAUCUUAGGGAAAUGGAUUGAAACUUGUAACCAUGUGCCAUAGAUUUUGAUGGUUUAAAGGUUUGUUAUUUCUUAAGCUUUUCAUUAAGGUUAGGAAUUAUCUUUAAGUUUAAAAA